AGCGUGCGUCAGUGUCCGGGGUAAAAACCGUCGCACUUUGCAGUCUGGACGCAUCUGCUGCAGCUAUAUUAUAGCAGCGAGCUAUGGACUCCACGUUGCUUCUUCCCUGUCUUCUCCUCGCGCUAGUCUCGCAGAGUGGAUUGCUCGCGAGUGCCGCGGUCUACAACCUGGAAGAUCCGUAUCCGCCGGAAAACAACGACUCCCGCGUCCCCCUCUAUUUCUCUCUCAUCCAGUCCUUCAGCGGUCAGUACAUUAGCUCGUACUCUCUCCCCGGACUCCAACUCGCCCUCGAUCUCAUCAACGAAGACGAAACUCUGUUGCCCGGUUAUAGCUUGCACUUCGUCAUAACGGACACCCCGUGCAACAAGAUCGAUGCGUUGGACACGUUCCAUCGUCAGGUUUUCGAAGAGCCUACAAAGAUCGGCAUUAUUGGGUCCGGAUGCUCCGUCUCAACCGAGCCAACGGCUUCGAUUUCCCAUUAUUACAACCUAGUACAGGUAUCAUGCAUUGCGUCUUCCCCGGCGUUCAGAGACAGGCAACUAUUCCCGCGAUAUUUCCAGCUACUGCCGACCGAUGCCAGCCUUGCCAUCACGUACAUGGGUCUCAUAGAGUUUUACCAGUGGAAGAGGGUUGCCAUCAUCGUCCAAAUGGAAAAUCUAUUCACUGUGGCGAUGGACGAACUGAAAGUGCUGCUAAACGACAACUCCAUAGAGUACUCCGAGACAGAGCUGGUCAUCGAUAAAGCCGGAGUCAAUGGAGGCCCGCCAAACUCUACCAUUGUCAACUUAGACAGUGUCUUUGUGAGUCUGACCCCUAAC